GAAGCGCGUCUCACAGUUUGCGUACCACAUAUUUAUUUAAACAGCUUUAGUCAUUACAUUUCCUGUUAAACAGCUGCAUGUUAUCGGGAAAAGCUAGAUUACUGCUCAGUGUUAGAAUGAAAGAGAAGGUCUACAUUUAUGUAAACCGGAAAUGUGUGACAAGUUAAGAGUUGACGUUGGAAGUUUAAGAACUGGGUUGGAACAUCUCUUGAUUGUAAUUAGGUAAAAUUAUAAGAACAGCCUUAAACUUACGGUGUUUAUACUAGUGCUAGUAAAUGAUAUUAAUAUUGAAAUAACAUUAACAGUUCGCAAUAACGUUUGAGUUAAUUUUGAGAGUGAAACUGAAAGACUAAACUCAAGAGACAGUCGUACUACAAGUUACAACUCAAGUCUGUACUGUGUAGAGUAAUUGAGUGAGUGGAGUAUUACCAUACUACAGUACUAGAAAUUACAAGUUCGUGUAGCGUUCAACAUGAGAAAAGAUCUUUCAGUUUCAGUGAAAGUUUCCCGGUUUACUGUUGUUACAUUAUUACUGUGUUUUCUUUCCUGGUCAACGGCAGAGUCUCUUUACAGUGCGUUAGAUGCAGUUCUUCAGCUGAAUUCUUCAUCUUUUCAGGAAAGUGUUUUUUUAAAAGAUAAUGCAUGGAUUGUGGAAUUUUAUAGCAGCUGGUGUGGUCACUGUAUCAAUUUUGCACCACUGUGGAAGAAGUUUGCGAAGGAUAUCCAAGCUUGGGACAAAGUUGUUCGUGUUGCUGUUGUAAACUGUGCAGAUGAAGUGAAUGUAGACUUGUGUAGAAAAUAUCAGGUGGAAUAUUAUCCUUCAAUAAAGUAUUUCUGGAUCCAAGCAGAUGAAAAUAGUUUGGGAAAUACAUCUUAUAAGGAAGACAAUAUUACCAGUUUACGACAUAACCUCAUCGAUUUUCUGACGGUAAAAGUUAAUGAAAGCACUCUGCUACCAUCUGGUUGGCCAAAGUUUGAUACUGACAAAAUAUCCCAAACAGUUAGUGAAAUGUGGAGACAUCUUCCAACAAACUGGGAUUCAAUUUUUGUUGUGAUAGAACCUGAAAACUCUUACAUUGGGCGAGAAGUCAUCUUGGAUUUAUCCUCUGAAGAAGAUCUCAGAGUUGUCAGAGUAACUACCUCCAACGUUAAUCUAGUAGAAGAUAUUUUGCAGGAUAUUGAUGACUCAGUUCUUCCAGUCUUGGUAGAUAUAAGGCGUGGAAAAUCGCCACAUCUUCUUAUCCAACCAAUGUUUGGAGAAUCACCUAGAAGACUAUUUGUUGAAACCUUGAGUCGGCUAUUACGAUUAACUACAGAGAGCCCGGGACCAGAAAGCACAACAAUGAGAAAUAACAAUACCAACAGCAGUGUGUUAGCAUCAAAGUCUCAAAGGGUAUAUAUGUCGGACCUGGAAAACGUAAUUCGUUACUCAUUGAAACAAGAAGUUGGAGUGCAUGAUGUUUUGGAAGAAGCUCAGCUCAAAGCUUUGAAAUAUUAUUUGGAGAUUCUUAUUAAAUAUUUUCCUGGAAGGCCUCCUAUAAAGAGAUUUUUGAAAGAAUUGGAAAAGUGGGUUACGCAACGUAUAUCAGAAGUUGUAGACACUGAAGUCUUCUUAAAUUACAUUGACAAUAUCCAGAGUGAUACCAUCCAGCUUCCAGUUAUGAGAGAGUGGCAAGCUUGUCAAGGUAGUAAACCUACCUUUCGUGGUUAUCCUUGUGGAGUUUGGAUGUUGUUCCAUACGUUAACAGUACAGGCCCUAGAGGACUUUAACAAAGGUGGUACUGACAAUCCUCGUGAGGUGUUGUUUGCCAUGAGAGACUAUGUGCGGAACUUUUUUACAUGCCAUUACUGUGCAAGACACUUCGCAGAAAUGGCUGCCGAUCUUCAGACUGACCUCGUCAAUCCUAAUGAUACCGUGCUGUGGCUGUGGAGAGCACACAAUCGUGUCAAUCGUCGUCUUGCUGGAGAUGCUUCAGAAGAUCCUUACCACCCUAAAGUUCAGUUUCCCACCAUCCAGCUCUGUCCAGACUGUCACAUCAAAACAACUUGGAAUUCCACAGCUGUAAUGAACUAUCUGAUGAAGUUCUAUGGGGAAAAAAAUUUUGCUGAUUUUGAAGGACAUCACCAGGAAAUGUUGGAGGAUGACAGUAAAAAUUUUGCUUUCCCCUUACAAGGGGCUUCUUUAUGGAUUCACUCUCUUUGGGGUUCUGUCAUUGUUAUUGUGGAUCUUGCCAGGAGCGUCACGUAAUGGGAUACAACCUAUCACAUUUAAAUAUUCAUUCAAGAAUCAUCAUAGUUCUGCUGAAGAAAUGAAGAAAUAUUUUCAUCGCAAGAUUCAAAUGGACUGCUUCUUAUGUCAGUUAAAGAAUCAUCAUAGUUCUGCUGAAGAAAUAAAUGGUGUAUUUUACUUAGAACUUGGGUAUAAAGGUAUUUUGAACUGUUUAGAAAAUUUUAACAUUUAUUUUCAAGAAAGUGUAGUCUUUUUGUUUAAAACAUGUCUAAGACAUUAUUAACCCUUAAACUUUUAAUGUUAUUAUACAUUUAUUGAAAAAAUAUUGAGAAUGUUUUAAGGCAAAAUGUAUUCUUUCAUUUUAAAUAAAUGCCUACCAGCUUGUUGGUGCAUUUAGAUGGAAUUUAAAAACUUGUUAUAGUAUAAAAACUCGUAUAUUUUAUAUCUUCCUUUGUUGAUUAAUAAUGUUGAGAACUGAAGUUUUAAUUAAGUAUACAAGAUACUAUAUUUACGUAUUAGGUUCACACCAAGUUUUAAUAAUGUGUACAAGACACUACAUCAACUUAAAUAAUCUUCAGUACAUUAAUCAAUAACACAAAGCAAAUCCAUACAUUUAAAGUUCUAAGCUCAAAAUAAUAAUGUGGGAAUAAAAAAAAAA